CGUCGUCGUCGUGGUCGUCGUCGUCGUCGUCGCUCGUCGCUCGUCGCGUCGCGCGCGCGGGCGCGGCUGCAGUGCCGGAGCCACACGGCGGGGGGGGCGUUACGUCAUACCCCCCCUCGCCGCCCCUCCUCCCCAUGACGCCCGUCAUCGCCGAACAUAAAGAAACGCGCUCUUGGGGCGCGCAGGGCCAUGGUGCGACAGGGGCAAUGGUCUUUCUUGCCGAGGUUCGCAUCAUCGCGAUUGGGACAGUGACUGGGAUAAUCGCCGAGGGAGGCGCCAUGGCCGGGAUCGUCGACGCCGCCGUGUCUUUUUCUUCGCGGAGUGCGUCGGCAAAGCGCCGCAGGAAUAUCGAGAAAGUCGUGGAGGCCAGAAACCAGUCUUACCGGAAAUUCGUCGCAGCUGAGGAGGACAAGAAGCGGGGGGCGGAGCGCCGCAAGCAGGGCGCAUUGCUUGCGGACGCGUUAUCGAACAAGCUGGACGAGGAACUCCAGCAAUCCGCCAUCACUCUCCAGGGACAGCACGCGGUUGCAUCGGAGGGCGCUGGGCUGCCCGCGGGCGGGGCCUUUUCGCCUCCGCGACUUGGCGGCGGCCCUGGGCCUACCUCGACCCCAGAGGCCGCCUUGGACACAGCUCAAAAGGGCCAGACCAUGAUUCUCAAGACCCUGUUCCCCGACAUGGACUCAAAGACUUGCGCGUUCAAUGAGGGCGGCGAAUACCUGGAGUCCGCCGUGAAGUACACGGAUAAUGUCAGGGACACCAUCGCAGAGUUCAUCGCCGAACGCUUUGGCGCCGAGGUUCCCUGGGACAAAGAGUUGCGGCGCAAGCUUCUGUGCAGGGCCCUGCUGGGCAUAGCGCGACCGGGCGUGGCUGAUUUCAUGCCAGCUGAUAAUUUCCACGCUCCCGGGGCAUCGGAGGUGCCUCUAGGUGCGUGGCUUGGCAUAUUGGCGAUGGUCGUGCUUGAUUUGGGCACGGAUGCAGUGGAUGAUCUUUUUGGUGGCCCAAAUGCAGCGAUCUCUCCGUGGCUGGGUCCGGUCAUCCCGUGGCUCUCUCUGGUAGUGCGCUGUGUCCGCCGGAGCUUGGGCAAGUCGAGAGCUGACGUUCAGCAACUUGCAUUGGUGACGGUCCCCGUGCAAACGCCUCUUGGCCAGUGGACAGGAGGCGCCGUUGAUGUAGGGGGGGCGGGGUAAUUCUUCACGGUCCGCGUAUCCCCUCACCAUUGACCACCUGUCGCCCAAAAGGCUAGUGGGAUUCGUUGGCGGACAGGGCGCACUCGAAUUCUGACCAGUUGGAGCCAGUUUCCCGGGGGGGGAACUUUCUCUCGGCAGUGGUUGCUGCCCUUCUCAGCAGCCGUUUUCAUGAUGGGUUUGAACUUGGAUGUUCCAGCUGUCUGUGCGCAGGACCUUCGGGAGAAGCUGCUCCGGAACAUUCUGGCUGGUCUCGUGUUCAGGGGAUUUUUGCGCACGUGGCGUGGGCGAGCGGAUCCAAUUGGAAUCGCGCCUCUUGUGGUCCGCAGGGUUUUGGCUCGGGGUUCCUGUGCGUGCGCAGGUGCUCAAGCGUCUGGGAGUGGUUUCUCGCCGAGCUUAGCUUGCAGCAGGGAUCAACAUCAUAUUGAUCUCGCCAUGAUG